CUUUCAGAGGGAAAAAUAGCCAGGGAACCAACCCAAUAGGAGGCUUGUCCACUAAGAAGGAGAGAGGGAGGGAGAGGAAGAGAGAGGUAAGGGUAAGAGAAGGGUAAGAGAGACAGAGAGCAGAGAGACAGAAAACUUUCAACUUGAUAAAAGAGGGCAGGUACCAUUGACAGGACAAUGAAGGCAGCUGUGGGACUCUACUCUGCCCUGGUGCUCUGUCUCCUGAUGGGGGCAGUGUUCUCCCAGAGACCGAGACCUAAAAAACCUCCAAAGCCUCCUAAGGCCACCAAGCGGCCCUCUUUCAAGCCUAGCCUGCCCCCUGAUGAACUGGAACCCCAGGAGCCCACAGACUUCCCCCCUCCCAUCCUUGGCCCCCCCUCCAUGUUCCUUGACUGCCCCCGCGAGUGUUUCUGUCCCCCCUCCUUCCCCAACGCCCUCUAUUGUGAGAACCGGAACCUCCGUACGGUCCCUGUGAUCCCGUCGAGAGUCCACUACCUUUACCUACAGAACAACUACAUCUCUGUGGUAACAGCGGAACCCUUCAACAACGCCACAGAGCUGCGAUGGGUUAACAUGGCCAACAAUCGCAUAAGAAAAGUAGACAAGCAGGUGUUUGAGAAGGUACCUGGUCUGUUGUUUCUCUACAUGGAGAGGAACCAGCUGAAGGAGGUGCCUGAUGACCUGCCAGCUGGGUUGGAGCAGCUCAUUCUCAGCCACAACCAGAUCUCCAAGAUCCCCUCUGGAGCCUUCGGCAAGAUGGAGCACCUUGCUCUGCUCGACCUGCACCACAACAAGUUGAGUGACAGUGAUGUGGGGAAGAACACUUUUAAAGACAUGAAGAACCUGGUUCAGCUGAACUUGGCCCACAACAUCCUGAAGAAGAUGCCAGCUAACAUUCCCAACGGCAUCACACAACUAUUCCUGGACAGGAACAACAUCGAGGACAUCCCUAAGGACUACUUCCAAGGCUUCUCCAACCUGGCGUUUGUGAGACUCAACUUCAACCAGCUAAGUGAUAAGGGAGUACCUAAGGCUGUGUUCAACGUUUCCACCCUGCUAGACCUUCACCUGGCCCACAACCAGCUCACCUCCGUCCCCCUGUUCAACCCCCAGCUGGAGCAACUGCACCUCAACCACAACAGCAUUGAGAGUAUUAACGGGACCCAGCUUUGUCCAUUCAGUCUGUCCUCUGAGAGUCUGACUGAUGAGGCUCUGAUGCCCAGACUCAGGUACCUGCGUCUGGAUGGGAACCACCUGAGCCCUCCUGUCCCUCUGGAUGUCAUCAUGUGUUUCAGACACCUCAAGUCUAUUGUCAUCUAGAGUCAGGCCUGGACAUCACAGCAUCACAGCAUCACAGCAUCACACACACACAGCAUCACACACACACACACACACACACACACACACACACACACACACACUCACACACACACACACACACACACACACACACACACACACACACACACACACACACACACACACACACACACACACACUAGUAUUUUAGAUGGGUGAAAUGAUGCCAGAUAACCUGAGUGAAAUGAUAACUGUACGGCUUUGACAACUUCAGGAAUAUUUCACAGCUGAAAGAUUUUAAAACAUUAAAACAAAUAUUUAUAAAACUAGGUAUUUGGUGCAUGGAUGUAUCUGCAGUUCCAGUAAGAUAGGAGUUGUUUCGUCUGUAAGUUGUGUUUCUAAUAUUAAGGUAAAUAAGUACCGUAGAAUAAUGGAACAAGUGGCAGAGGAAAAAUAAAGGUACAUUGACUGACAUGCUACAAAUAUAGUGUAGUUACAAUUAGGGUAUGAUUAGUCUUUGCACAUUAUGAAUGUACUGUAACACUACAUCUGGGGUAGGAAAGAAGCAUGGUAAUGGUUUACAGGGGCCAAUACACAGAUAUGGCAUUUGGUGAAUGAAAAACAGGUUAAAAACGUGACUACCAUGUAGUUUAAAAUGUCCUUGGUGUAUCUGUGUUUUUGAGGUACUUUCGAUAGAAGUAAUUGUAUCCCUUUGUUUUGUAUGAAGCAGUUAUGUAAAAUAAAAUAAAUAAAAUGUGCUCUUGGGCUAAUCAUGAA